CUGACAGCUCGGCUUUGUUGUGGAACGGAAAACUGGCUUCAUUUUGGUGCUGGAGCAAACUUACCGAUCGUCGUCCGUUUGCCGCUUCCAGUCCUGCACCGAAGCCAUUGCGGCAAAUCAAAAGAAUACAUUUCCCCCAAGGACAUACACAAACAAAAGGAUCUCAAGAAUCCCGCAGCUGUGAUAAGCUACCCUGUCUCAACCUUUUAGAGCCCCUACAGUACUGUACUUCUUGGCCCCGUACACUUCACAGUCACACUCGCCAAAAAAUGGCAACAAUCGUAAUCACUGGCCAAAUGAUCAUGAAGAAAACGAAAAAGCGAAUCUACAAAAAGCGCUCACCAAAGCGGGCCACACAAAGGAAGCCCAAAAGUAAUGCGAAAAAAGUGCCUCGAACUGUGCGGAAUCCACGGCCGUUCCGAUUGCCACCGAUGCGUCCCCCAAGCGCGAUGCUCCGCCAGAUGCAGCAGCUAAUGCGCGAGAUACGGCAGAUGACCCAGGAAACGCGAAAUAUCGGUAGAGUCUGGUCGUUGCAGCGGUAGGUGGCAUUGAAGGGAGGGCGAGGCUGAAGUAUCAUGCGAAAGGGAAGGGGAGAAAGAGAGAGGAGAAGGAUAGAGCAGGAUUUGAAUUGAUCAAAGAACAGAAGGCAGGAGAGAAGGUGAGCGAGUGGCUGUUAAUAAUUGUGCGAUAUUUAUGUUGGAGAAAUAGGUUAAGAGCUACGAACUAAAUAAGGUAUAAAAUACACUAUUUAAAUAAAAAAAGGCAGCAAAAUCCCAUUACGGGAAACAAACUGAGUACAAAUGGAAAAGUGUGCCGUUCUUUCUGGAAGGAUUAUUUGCUAACAAACAAUGCCCCCGAUCGGAAAGCGUUCGAUGUAAACAUUGCUGUCAAGCGAAAGUGCCAAAAUCUCUUCGCGCGAUGUAAACAAACGCCGCUGCCCAGGUCGCGGCGAACGUUACGAAACCGACGCACGGCAAAGCAGCCGCUGCCGCAUUACUACCAUCAUGUUGAAAAGUGUAUCGCGUUUAUUUGCGCAAUCUAGUAAGCGAUGCGUUCGUUUGGCAACACGCACGCUCGCCUCCAAACCGGACCAGCGGCAGGCGGAGUUAAUGGCUAGGAGCUUACCGAAACGGAUGCCUCUACCGGGUGUGCAGCACAUAGUGGUGGUUUCGUCGGGGAAGGGUGGCGUCGGUAAGACCACCACGGCGGUAAAUCUGGCCGUCACGCUGGCCCGACACGGUCGAGCGGUCGGACUGCUCGAUGGGGACAUCUUCGGCCCAUCCGUGCCGAGGAUGAUGAACGUGAGCGAAGCGCCACUGGUGGAUGAACAGAACAUGAUGGUUCCGUUGCUGAAUUUCGGUGUCAAAUGCUUAUCGAUGGGUUUGCUGGUCGAUACCGGUCCGGUAGUUUGGCGCGGACCGCUGGUAAUGUCCGCCAUCCAGCGGCUACUGAAAGGCGCUGCCUGGGGACCGUUGGACAUUCUCAUCGUGGACACACCGCCGGGCACUGGCGACGUUCAUCUGUCGCUCAGCCAGAACGUCCCGAUUGAUGGGGUGGUGCUGGUCAGUUCGCCUCAAGCGGCCGCUCUAGACAUCACCAAGAAGGGAGCGCAAAUGUACCGAACGCUACAGGUGCCGCUGAUAGGGCUGGUGGAAAACAUGAGCCACGUGGUGUGCGACAAAUGCUCCAAUCGGAUCGAGUUUGCCGACAACCUCAUCGACCAGUACGUGCAGGAGCUGUCCGUCGAAGUGCUGGCCCGCGUUCCGAUCGAAAAGGAUGUGAUGCGGUGCAGUGAUGCCGGCACGCCGGUUUGUCUGAAAUUUCCCGACUCCCUGCUGGCCCAAGCGUACGAUACGAUCGCAACGAAAGUGGUGGACUUUUUAGCAACUAAACAGCAAAACCCGUAAAAGCCGA